AUGUCCUCCACCUCCACUGCAUCCUCGGUAGUGUCGCCUGCGGGUGCUGCAGCAGCGAUGUUUUCCGGCGGAGCGUUCAAUACACCUUCCUUAGGUGGAGGUCUCGGAUCUGCCAUUACUAGUGCCAGUUCGAGUGGUGCCGGUACUGCUGCCGCUUCUACCAGCUCCGGUGGAAGUAUGUACGACAAGAAAACCAUGUCGUCCUGUCGGUAUCAGCAGGAAAAGGCCGCUGCAACACCGCAGAUAAGCUCAUCCUCGAUCGCCGACUACUACUCCGAGAGUGGAUCGGGCGUUGGAGGAAGCGCUGCUGCAGCAGUAGCGGCGGCGGCAGCUGCAGCCGCCGCUGCCGGCCGCAUGCUAGGUCACGGAUCGUCCAUUGUACCCCCCUCCGUUUAUUCGUCAUUCCAAGAGUCGGCCCUAGUGGCAGCUGCUGCGGCGGCACAACAUCAACAUCAUGCGCACCAUGCGCAUCACCAGCAAGCGCAGCCACAGCAGAACCAUCUGCCAUCGCAGCAGGUUGCAAUUAACAACAGCUUAUUCUCACCGCACUUUGCAACGGGGUCACCGUAUCACCAUCCACCGAUGCAGGUUGGUAGUGGCGCAGGCGGUGGUGGCACCAGCAUUAGUGCGUACGAAACAAGCACAGCUGCCCGAUCGUGCGCGUUACCUUCACCUACCAUUUAUCCACCGACUCCGCCACCAUCUGCCCCGUGGAUCCAUCCCUGGUAUGGAGGGGAUACGUUUUAG